AUAGAAAAAUGAAAAGUUUGCUUGUUGUCUUUGUUUUGGUUGCCGUUUUGGUGAGCCAAAAGGUGGCCCUCGCUCAAAUCCCGGGUAUGCCAGGCGGGGGCGGCAUGGGCCAAAUGGGCGGCAUGGGAGGCCUGGGAGCUCAAGGAGGAUUCGGAAUCGGAUUCAAUGCGGGAGCGAGUGCGGGGGCGGGAGGCGGCGCCGGCGGCGGCGCAGGAGCCGGGGGCGGUGCAAGUCGAAAAAAAUGAUUCUCUCACUCGGUCGAAUUGAAUAAAUAAAAUAUAUUUGGACAGUU